GACGUUUUGACGUUUGUGAAAGUGAUGUGAAGUUACUUCUAUUGCUCCUUUUUCCUUUCAUUCUAUCAAAAAUAUCUACGAUGACGACCCAGCAGCCGAUUCCUAUUCAACCAAAACGUGGAAUAGUCAAACAGAUCCUUUCCGGGGAUUCUGUGAUUAUUCGAGCACCCUCCGGAGCACCACCUCCAGAAAAACAGAUCAAUUUUUCUGGAAUAAUCGCCCCGAAGUUAGCCAGACGAACCGGUGAUGGUCAAGAGGCAUCCAAAGACGAGCCUUGGGCCUGGGAAGCAAGGGAAUUUUUGCGUAAGAAACUCAUUGGAGAAGAGGUCCUGUUCAUCGCAGAGAAACCACAAAAUGCCGUUCGCGAAUACGGCGUAGUUUACCUGGGAAAAGAUGUGAAUACUGCCGAAAACAUUACCGAAUCUUUGGUAUCCGAAGGGCUGGUAUCCGUUCGACGAGAAGGUAUCCGAACCACUCCGGAACUCACCCGUUUAAUGGAGCUCGAAGACGCCGCCAAAGCCGCCGGAAAAGGAAAAUGGGGCAACGCUCCUUCCAGCGAGCACGUUCGUGACAUUAAAUGGACCAUCGAGAAGCCGCAGGAAUUGGUCGAUCAGUUGCAAUUCAAGCCUGUCAAGGCCGUAAUCGAACACGUCCGAGACGGAUCUACUGUUAGAGCCUUCCUGUUACCCGACUUCCAUUACGUGACUCUAAUGCUGUCUGGUAUCAGAUGUCCCGGUUUCAAGCUGGAUUCGAGCGGUAAAAGAGACCCCAACGGCAAGGUGGAGUUCGCCGAAGAGGCCCGCUACUACGUCGAGGUGCGCCUUCUGCAGCGCGACGUGGAAAUCGUCCUCGAAGCCGUCAACAACAACAACUUCAUCGGAACGAUCAUCCAUCCGAAGGGCAGCAUCGCCGAGCUGCUAUUGAAGGAGGGCUUCGCCAAAUGCGUCGACUGGUCCAUCAUGCUGAUGAAGAGCAGCUCCGAGAAGCUGCGCGCCGCCGAGAAGCAGGCCAAAGAGGCGCGUCGCAGGCUGUGGAAGGACUUCGUUCCCACCGUGCCGAAGAUAACGGGCAAAGAGAAGGAAUUCACAGCGACCGUUAUGGAAAUCAACAACGGCGACGCGUUGGUGCUGAAAAUGGCCAACGGCGAUCACAAGAAGGUGUUCCUGGCGAGCAUCCGAGCCCCCAAAGAGCCCGGCCGGCAGAACGACGAAGACGGUAAACCCAUACCGAGACCGAAGGGAUUCCGUCCGCUCUACGACAUACCGUACAUGUUCGAGGCCAGGGAGUACCUGAGGAAGAAGUUGAUCGGCAAGAAAGUGCACGUCGUCAUCGAUUACAUCCAGGACGCCAGGGACGGUUUCUCCGAGAAGAUCUGCGCUACCGUUACCGUAGGCGGAAAGAACGUCGCCGAAGCUUUGGUGUCUAAAGGUCUCGCUACGGUGGUGAGAUACCGACCGGACGACGACCAAAGGAGUUGCCGAUACGACGAGCUGAUGACCGCCGAGACGAAGGCCACGAAAUCCCAGCUCGGCGUCCAUUCGAAGAAAGACAGCCCUUCGUUGAGAGUCAUCGAAAUCGACGCGGCGAGAGCCAAACUCGAACUGGCCGCCUUGCAAAGGGCCCAACGCAUCGACGCCAUCGUCGAAUUCGUCGCCAGCGGAUCCAGAUUGAGAUUGUACAUUCCGAAAUCGAACAGCUUGUGCACCUUCCUGUUAGGGGGCAUCAAUUGCCCGAGGGCGUCGCGCCAAGCGACCGAUACGGCGGGCGAACCGUACGGGGACGAGGCGUUGCAAUUCACGAAGGAGAAGUGCAUGCAGCGGGACGUUAGCAUCCAGGUGGACACGCACGACAAGGCCGGCAAUUUCAUCGGCUGGUUGUGGGUGGACAACGUGAACAUGUCGGUGGCGUUGGCCAAGGAGGGCUUCGCCUCCGUGCAUUUCAUGGGCGAAAAGUCCCAGUACGGGUCGAUGUUGAAGGGCGCCGAAGAUCAAGCGAAGGCCGCCAAAUUGAGGAUUUGGAAGGAGUACGUCGAGGUCGAGAAGGAGGAGAAGCGCGAAGAGGAGAAAGUGCCAACCGAACGUCAAGUUAAUUUCGAAGAAGUGGUGGUGACGGAGAUAACGCCCGAAGGGAACUUCUACGCGCAGAAGAUCUCCGAAGGACCUAAAGCUGAAGCUCUGUUCGCCAAGUUGAGACAAGAGUUCCAAGCCAACCCGCCGCUGCCCGGCGCUUUUACGCCGAAGAGGGGCGACAUUUGCGCCGCCAAAUUCACAGUCGACGACGAAUGGUACAGGGUGAAAGUUGAGAAAGUUCAAGGAGGAAAAGCUACCGUUCACUAUAUCGAUUACGGUAACAGAGAAACCCUGCCCGCCACCCGCCUAGCCAGUUUACCCGCCGCUUACGUUAGCGACAGGCCCUUCGCUACCGAAUACACUUUGCCUUUCAUUGUCCUGCCCAAAGACGAGGAGUACUCAUCGAUGGCGAUCAAGUACCUGAAGGAAGACACGGCCGUCAGCAAGUUGUACUUAAACGUCGAGUACAGACCGGCCGGUUCGCCGGCGGCGGCUUCUCUGCACACCGACAAAACGUCAGAGUCCGAUAUUCUGAAGAAUCUGAUCAAAGAAGGUUUGUUGAUCGUCGAAAGCGUCAAAGGGCGUCGGCAGAAUAAGCUGUUGGAAAGUUAUAGAGAAGCGCAGGACUUUGCGAAGAAACAGCACUCCAAUAUUUGGGAAUAUGGUGACAUCACAGAAGUCGACGCUAAGGAAUUUGGACUUGGUAUAUAAUGAUGGUGAAGGGACCAUAUUACCAGAGCAAACCAUCUACAUUGUGUCUUUAUAGACUUCUAAAUUAUGUUCAUUGCAAUUUUAAUAAGGAACUUCCAUUUAUAUAAUAUAAUUAGACAGACUUGUAUUUCUAGGAUAUUUUAAACAAACACCAAAAUAUUUAUAUGACAGAAAUAUGUUUUUAGGUGUAAAUGUUUUUUACAUUGUGUACCUGCCAAUAAUUAUAUUUUUUUUUGUAAUUUAUCGGAAACUUUUUAUAUAUAUAUUGAUUAAAAGGAACAUUUUUUUAUCUAUUCUGCAUAUCAAGUGUAAUUUUGUUUAAUUAUAUAUAUUUCUGUUAAAAUAGUAAUGCUUCCUAACGAGAAUGACGUUCCAAAGGUACACCUUAAUCCGUAUUAGACUGAUACUAUUAAAUUUUUGGUAAUAACAGGUUGCUCUGUGUUGUUAUAUAUUUAUAUUUAUGUAUCAAAUGUCUUAACAGCUGCUGAAAUGAUGUAGGGGAGGGGCUCUGUUUACAAAUAAAAUACUUGACGUUA